GUGGAUGUCGCCGACAGAUAUGAGAACGCCUUCCUGGUCAGUUUGAUGGGUUUAAGACCAGAGAAGUAUUUCUGGACUGGUUUUUCUAACACAGAAAACAAAACCACAUUCAAGUGGUCCACCAAUAGAAAGGUCACAUUCACUAAUUUCAAUGUGGGCAUGCCAGACAGAAAACAAGGAUGUGUUGCCAUGACAACUGGGAUUUUUGCUGGAUUAUGGGAUGUCAUCAGCUGUAGCAACAAGGAAAAGUAUAUCUGCAAGAAACUAGCAGAAGGUGCAGCCACAACGACAGCCCCACCCACCACCCUGGCUCUGAGCUGUGCAUCUGGGUGGACCCCAGCUGCCCAGAGGAACAUCUGCUACAAACUUUACAAGAAAAAUGCAGACCUUAAGAAGACUUGGCUUGAAGCACAAACCUUCUGCAGGGCCAUCGGUGGGGACCUGAUGAGCAUACACAGUAUGCAGGACCUAAACAAUGCUCCGUUUUAUUCUUCUGAUUCAGCUUGGAUUGGCUUUUCCCUGGGUACAAAUCAAGGUUUUGUCUGGAGUGAUGGAUCACCUAGUGAUUUUGAGAACUGGGGCUUUGGGGAACCAAAUAACUACAAUGACAAUGAACACUGUACAGAAGUUAACUUUAACUACCGACGGCGCUGGAACGACCGGUACUGCGAUGCUUACAAUAACUGGAUCUGCCAGAUAAGCAAAGGUGUGACUCCCAAACCUGAACCUGCAAUAACUACUAUAGUAUACAACACCACAGAAGACGGCUGGCUCAUAUACAAUGACUCACAUUAUUUCAUCAACACUGAGAACAUACCUAUGGAAGCUGCCAGGGCCUACUGCAAAAAAAACUUUGCAGAACUUGUAGUCAUCACAGGGGACAGUGAGCGAAGAUUCCUCUGGAAACAGAUAGCAAAGGGCACAGAAAGUCAGUACUACAUUGGCAUGGUGGUGAAUUUGGAUAAGUCAUUUAGCUGGUUGGAUGGCAGCCCAGUAACUUACACUGCAUGGGAACAAAAUGAGCCCAACUUUGCUAACAAUGAUGAAAAUUGUGUGACUAUAUACAAGAGCAUGGGAUACUGGAAUGAUAUUAAUUGUGGUAUUGAGCUUCCCUCUAUUUGCAAAAGAAGCAGUAAUUUUAUCAAUACAACAAUGGCCCCUACCACUGUUCCUAAAGGAGGAUGUGCACCAGAGUGGCUGUCUUUCCAAGGAAAGUGCUACAAAAUUGUUGUGGGGCAUGAGAAUAAGAACUGGCAGGAUGCUAGAACUUACUGCAUAAACCAGGGAGGAAAUCUGGUUUCUAUUGCCAGCGAGACAGAGCAAGCAUUCCUAACACAGAUGUUGGGAUACAGUGAGGAUCUUUGGAUCGGCAUGAAUGACGUCAACUGGGAGAUGCACUUUGUGUGGACAGAUGGCAAAGGAAUUUCUUACACCAACUGGGCUAAAGGACACCCAGUAUCAGUGCCUGAUAGACAUUCAUUUGCUGAUGAGGUUAUUUCAACAUUUAUAUCCAAACCUUGUUCUGUCUCUUUUGCACUGUAACUCAAUAAUGAUAAUGUGCAGAUUGUAGCCGCACCCACCUCUGUGUUACCAAAGGCUUUUUACAAACUUGGCAAUGAUUCCUACAAACUGGUGGCCCAGAAGAUGAGAUGGGAUGAGGCAAGGAGGCAGUGCAAAGCAGAUGAUGCAGAUCUGGCCAGUAUCCUGAACCCCAUCACCCAGGCAUACAUCACCUUACGGAUUUCCAAGCACAAUGAGCCUGUAUGGAUUGGGCUCAACAGCAAUGUGACUGGUGGCCGGUUCAAGUGGGUUGAUAACUGGCUUCUGUCGUACACCAAAUGGGGUAGAGAUGAGCCUAAAAACAACUAUGGCUGUGUGUAUAUCGACGUAGACAGGACGUGGAAGACUGCACCAUGUACUAAUAACUACUAUUCCCUUUGCAAGAGGUCUCCAGAUGAGGUGCCCACUGAGCCCCCACAGCUUCCUGGCAACUGUCCAGAGCCAAAGAAACUAAUAACCUGGAUACCUUUCAGAGGCCAUUGUUAUGCCUUCCUCAGUUCAAAGGUGGACAACUGGGCCCAUGCCUCAGUUGAAUGCCUGAAAAUGAGUGCUUCCCUGGUGAGUAUUCAGGACCCUGAGGAGGGUAAGUUCAUACAACAGAAUCUGGAGAUUCUGCAGGACGAAGCCAAGUCCUUCUGGAUCGGCCUUUACAAGACACAUGAAGGUGAGCAUACUGAAGUAAAAUUCAGUGUUAAACUCAAAAUGUCAGGUAAGAUUGUAGUUGAAACAG